CGUCUGAUUGUACGUACAGUCGCCACUCUAUACAGCUUGAUGAAAGAUAUCUUAAAAACUUCUCGAUCCUCACGAAGCAUGGGGAUGGAGUAUCUCACUGCCCCAUUGGUCGUCCUCUCUUCGUUCCCUCCACCCUCGCCCGAAACACCCCCACAUCUCCCACUGCUCAUGAAAUCCUUCCAUUAUCUUUUCCCUCCAUUAUCCCCCAACUCAAUGUCACUCUCCAACUGCCGUCGGAUCGUCUUGAUAGUAUACAACCCCGACAGAGGAACCGUCGACCUCCAUCACUGUAAAACCAUACGGCGUCUCAAAGCGCGUCCGACGCGUACUCGAAGGCGCCCCCAAAAAAACAUCAGCCAACUCCUCCAGUGGGUUCUUGGACCUUGGAAACGAGAAGGAUGUUGCGGACUUCUUGCUUAGAAAAAGAGGGGAGCCUAGCCCAGGGACCGACGGGUAUGAGUCUGCGGCAUCAUCAGCUUCGAGUGCUGCUGGCGAUGACGGGGAGC